AUGGCCAAGUCUAAGCUCGAACAGACGACCGCGAAGGAUUUCAAGUAUUUUCCCAUCAAGGGGAUUCCUGUGAACUCUGCCGCUGGUGGCGAAUUGGGUUUUGAUACUGAGGUCCCCAUCCGGCAAAACAUCGACUCAUGGAGUAAAAAUCCUGCUAAUGACAAGCAAGUCACUCUAUUCGUCUUGGCCUUGAAGCUUUUCCAAGAGCUCGAUCCUGCAGACCGAGACUCGUACUUCCAGAUUGCCGGCAUUCAUGGGCAGCCUAACGUACCUUGGGAUGAACCAAUCGAUAGCGCAGAUGCCUUGAACAAAGGAUACUGUACUCAUAACAACAUCUUGUUCCCGGUUUGGCAUCGUGCGUACCUUGCACUCUACGAGCAACGAAUUUGGGAGAUCAUGAUCAAGAAGGUAGUUCCCCAGUUCACUAAGGACCGGGCCAGUUGGGAAGCUGCCGCCCAGACCUGGCGACUUCCAUUUUGGGACUGGGGUAUCUCUUCCUCGGUGCCCGACCUGUGCAAGUAUCCCAUCUUUGUUGUGCCGGCAUAUGAUGGCAAGGGUGUAAGGAGUAUAAACAACCCGUUGUUCCAGUUCCAUAUGCCGACCGAUCAGCCCAUGUCGACUGCUGGUGUUGAUAACUUCAAGGACCCGUGGGUUCCGAAUAAUAAAGGAGAAAUUCUUUUUUUCGGUGAAUGUAUUGGCACAAGUCGCUGGCCUCAAGAGGGCGAUAACGCCUCUGGAAGUGCGGCGUGGAAGCUCGGUGUAGUGAACAACUACAAAGUCCAGGAUGCUCUGAAGAAGCCCUCAUGGUUGGAUGAUUCACCUUACGGUCAGCCUGCAGAGAUGGUAUUCCGUCUGCUCACUAUUCCCAUGGAAUAUUCGACGUUUGCAACCACUGCUCAACUGUCUGGGGACGUCAAGAAUGACAACAACCUCGAGUACAUUCAUAACAACAUCCACGGUUGGGUAGGAGGUGAUUUCAAUGGACACAUGUCUCAGAUUCCAGUCGCAACGUUCGAUCCUAUUUUCUGGCUUCAUCAUUGUAAUAUCGAUCGCCUGUUUGCUUUAUGGCAGGGAAAGAACCCCGACAAGUGGUUUGAGGAACUCGAGGGGGACAAGGUCAACAAAUUUUUCCAGGAGAUCAUCGGUAUGGAUAUUGGUGACAAAAUAACCGAGAACACCAAGCUACGGCCGUUCCACAAGGACGUUGAUGGAACUGUAAUGACACCUGUCGAUGUCCGCUUCCCUUACAGCCUUGGUUACACAUACCCUGAGUUACAGACAUGGAAGUACGACCCUCCAGGCUAUAGCGCCAGUGGCUUUAUCCAGGACCUCAACAAAAGCAUCAACGAUCUUUACGGGUUGUCCAGAAAAGAGCUGAUUGAUGCUUCCUCUGCCCUCAAAGGAGUUGAGUACAAUGAGGACGGGACCAAAUCUCUGGACUUUUCAUUAAGUAUCCGUUAUCGAAAAUAUGCCUUUGGUGGCGAUCCAUUUUGGAUCCGAAUUUUCCUCUCCCAGGAUGGGAAGACGCAGAACCCAACUACAGACUUUGUCACUGAGGUGUACAACUUCAGUCAAAAGCCAGAGGAGCGUUCAGGAAAGCUGGCAUGCAGUAACUGCAAGGACAACCAAACCGCGAACAUCAAGUCUACUGCGAACAUCUCUCUCACUCCGGUGCUGAUCAGCAUCAUAAAGGCAGGCAAAGGUGAAGACCUGGCUAGUCUUAGCAGAGAUGACGUUCUCACCUACCUCAAGGAAAGGGCGUACUGGAGAGUGUUCAAGGGAGGUGUAGAGUUGCCUCGAAACCAGCUUGACCCUCUCGACCUCGAAAUCGUCGGAAGUACCAACAACUCGACCAAUUUCAAGGACGCGACCAAGGCCCCUCUACUGGAGAACUUCAAAGAAGAGCCAGCUAUCUCUGGAGGAGCCGACGGAGCGUUGGAUCCGAAGCUCAAGCAACCCAUGACAACCCCACCACCAGAGGUGCCAAAUAUCCCUAAGGCAUCCCUGAAGCUCAACUCUUUCCUGCCAUUCCCAUCGGAUCUGAAGACUGACAGCGUGGUGAUCAUCGAUUCAUCUAGCCUGGACAUAACUCCCGUCAAGACGUCUGGUAUUGACAACACCCAAGUGUGGUUCUCAGAUACUAAGAGCGGAGACGGUAACAUCGUCUUCUUACUCUCAAUUCGCAGAGCAGAGAAGCAGAUUGUCUUCAAUACAUGCUUGGAGAACAAAUGGGGCGAAGAAGUUCGCGUUGCGCUGGAAAACAGGUUCAAGGGAACCACACCAUCUAUCCUCGUUCAUGAUCAGGGAGAUGGUUACGAAGUGUUCAUCGACUGGAGACACGUUGCAUGGUUUGAGAAACGGGCUAAGGACAAGGUGGCACGCUCUGUGUCAUACACUGUCAAUGAUGGACAGGCACCUGUGCUGGCUACUCAACUGAAGGUGAAGGUCUAUGACUCUAUGGGAGCAAUGUUCCAGCAUUAG